AUGCUGCCGGCGUCGACAGCGGCGGCUCGGGGGUGCUCGCUGACAGCGCUGCUCACGCACGUCGUGGCCCCGAACAGUCUGCAGUUCAAUGCGGGCGAGUUUCAACGGUCGUCGAAAGAGGCGCAGGAGGCGGCGAGAGACGCGGCGACGCGCGUCCAACCAGGCGACUUGAUCUUUAGCACUACGAGCGGAUUGGUGUAUUCUGUGGGAAGAUACGCGACUGAGAACACGUACGAUCAUGUGGUUAUUGUGCUGGAUGAACGCACCGUGCUUCAUGUGGGGAUGCCGUCGGUGAGGCUGAUGCCGCUAGAGCGGCUCCUUCUGCCCCAACGGCAACCUGUGGUGCUGCGCGUGACGAUGUCGGAAGAAGAACGGCAGCGUUUUCUCCGUUGUGCUCGACAGUUGGUCGGAUGCCAAUAUGACGUUACGAGAGCUUACAAGCUGAUGCUGCGAUUGGCGCUGAAACGCCUCACUGGGUCGUCGCCACUGCCCAGAUUGCCGCUUGACGUCAAAAGCAAUGUCUGGAUCUGCAGCGAUGCCAUCCUUGUACUACUUGCAGGUUGCUGUGAGGCAUUUCGAGAAGCUUUAGCCAAGGCGAGGCAAGAGGCUGAACUAGACAUCUUCACGAUUGGCAGCGCCUCCCUGAUGGAUUUUCAACGACUGCGUCGCAUCGAGCCCACAAUUAUCUCGCGUGUCCCUUUGCCAGUUGUCAACUUCACCUUAGCGCCGCACAAACGUUCCUGGCGAGCGUAUGUUCCAGAGAUGGUGCGAUUCGCGCAAAGCAUGCAAAACGGUGCAUUCAAGUGGCCUUUGUCGCCCGUGAUCAGACUCUCCUCCAAGGGACACGAGGUCGCAGCUCGCAUCCCGCCAUCGCCAUUGACCACGAAGCACAAGAUUCAGAUUCUAGGCUACGCGUUAGUGUUUCUAGCGAUUCUCCGGCGGGGAUUGACUGUGAAGAGAGUGGUUCUCCGAGCCAUUGAAGUGCUCAUGUUGCGAUACGUCGCACGUCACGUCAUGCUGCACUUGCAGUCGUCCCCUGCUUUGUUCGCCCCUGCAAAACUAUAG